AUGCAUGCACGGUGCAACAUUAUCCAAAUUGUGCACAUCUCUAAGACUCUAAACCCUAUCUUUAAACUAGCACAAAAGAAAACAAACAAAAAAGCUUGCAAGUAUUCAAAUUUGAGAAUUUCAUAGCCAAUUUUAUUUUAAUUCAGUAGUGUUUUUUUUUUUUGGUUUGUUUUGUAAGAAUAUGGCGGCACAUCUAAGAGAUGAAUAUGGCAACCCAGUGCAGCUAACAGAUGAGCAUGGACAUCCAGUCAAGCUUACUGAUGAACAAGGCAACCCCAUGCAACUCACUGGUGUUGCGUUUACGUCGUCCGAAACCACUUCCUCUAUCCCUGCCGCUAGCACUCCCGGUGUUGGGAUGCAGUCCACGGCUUUUGGAGAUGCGGUGCAUGGCCGUGAAGGCGGACCACAUGGCCAUGGGACUACUCUGAGAGAGGUGGUACAUGGACACGAAGCCGGACCGCCUGGGCCUGGGACGCUUGGAGCUGCUAUGGAAGGUGGACAGUACCAGCCGAGGAGAGAGACGGAGGAGAUUGGUGGUGUUGGUGGUGGUAGUGGAGAGAUUCAACGUAGUGGCUCGAGCUCUAGCUCUACCUCGUCGGAGAGUGAAGGACAAGGUGAAGGGCACGUACACGAGGGUGGGAGAAGGAAGAAGAAAGGAAUAGGAGAAAAAAUCAAAGAGAAGCUGAUGGGAGGGAAGCACAAGGACAAGGAUAACAAGAACGUAGAACAGACUGUUAGCACCACCAUGACCACAACUACGACUACGAGCAUCGAGCAUCACGAGGACGAGCACGAGAAGAAAGGGUUCAUGGACAAGAUAAAGGAUAAAUUGCCCGGCACGGGUCACCACUAGGCGUAGCUUUUGUCAUUGUGUAACUUAGGGGUGUUUUAUGUACAGGAGAUAUGAUGCUUUUGUUGUUGAAUAAUCAUCAUGCGCAUCCACUACAUUUGCGCAGGGUUUAUGCUUCAAGACUCAUGUAGCUAGGUGUCUUUCUCUUUUUUUAGUGUCUUGUUGUGGUGGUGUAAGAUGAUUUUGCUUUAUGUUUAUUUGCUUGCAUUGUCGAUGGUUGGCUAUACAGGUUAAUAUUGGACGA